CUACCAUGUGGGUUUUUCCCACCUCUGGGCACAUAAGUGAGCAGGUUCUGUGUCAUGAAUGAACCAUUUCCGCCUGUCUCAACCCGUCAUCUCUGUGGGUGGAGGCAGCAACACUAAAAGAGGUCCUCGCUCCAGGGCAAACUCUCACUUUUCCAGCAGCAGGAGCAGCAGCAGCAGCUGCGGAGCUGUGAUUUCCCUGCAGACACGCCGCAGUCAUGAUAAGGAACGAGGUCUUCUCCUGUUUUGUCUUCUACGCCGUCCUUCUGGUGGUUAAAAUGUACGUCAUCGCCAUCAUCACGGGACAAGUCAGGCUGCGAAAGAAAGCUUUUGCCAACCCGGAGGACGCGCUGAGACACGGAGGUCUGCAGUUUUACAGAGAGGACCCAUAUGUGGAGAGAUGCAGGAGGGCUCAUCAAAACGACUUGGAGAACAUCCUCCCGUUCCUCUUCCUGGGUGCCGUCUACUCCCUGAUCGGACCUUCGCUGUCGGUGGCCCGCUUCCACUUCCUGGUCUUCUUCAUCUGCCGCGUGCUGCACAGCGUCGCCUACCUGUGGCCCCUUGAGCCGCCCACCCGCUCCCUGGCCUACGUCGUGGCGCAGAUACCGUGCUUUUCCAUGGCUCUGCAGAUCCUCGUGUCGGUCGCGGCGUACGCCUGACGUUCCCAGAGCGGGCAGCUGAACCUGAGGUGGCAGCGUCCAGGAAGGACCGCAAGUUCAUGACCCGCGUCGACAAAAGGAAGCAAGAAGCUCCUCUGCUGAGCUCGUUUUAAAAGACAGUGCAAUACCAGUUGUGUGACAGUGUCAGUGUAGUUUCCAGAGAGACUCUAUCAGUAUUUUUCUCCUUUGCUCAAAAUGUGACGUCUCAAAAGAUAUUUGAAGUAUAUUGUUAGAUGCAAUAAGACCAUACUCGUGUGUUUAAAAUGCAGAUGAAGAUUGUUGCUCAUUUUUCACUCGUUUGUUGACAUUUCAAACCUUUUUUUGCAGACAGUUUAGACGUACAGUCACUUAGGAAUACUUUUUUUUCCCCAGUGGAGGUGAACUGUAUGCUGAUCCCAACCACUUUUUGUGUUUACACAAAACACAAGCCACCAUUGAAGUGACUUCAUGUCCUCAUAGUGGCUUCAUGUGUUUCCUGUGUGUGGAUUGUGGAUCCUAACCCACUGACUGAUGAAGUGCUAAAACUUUAGAAACACACCUGAUGCUCCGCCCGUCUGGCUCCUCCAACUGUUACAAAAGAAGUGUGAAAGGACCUGAUGUGUAAAUGUCUCCCAACAUCCUGUGAGGAAAAAAAAACAUUCCAUCUAUUGUAAUAUUGUCAUUUUAUCUGUAAGAACAGGCUUUGUGGUUAUGUGUAAAGUUGUUGUCGGUAUAAUUUAUUACUCAGUUGUAUUCAGUCAUGUUCGUGCCUCAGAGACUUUUUUCUAAGAAAUAAAACAAUUCAUAAUCUA